AUGGCCAGGCCGCAGAGGACCCCGGCGCGCAGCCCCGACAGCAUCGUCGAGGUGAAGAGCAAAUUUGACGCCGAGUUCCGACGCUUCGCAUUGCCCCGGGCUUCCGUGAGCUGCUUCCAAGAGUUCUCCCGGCUGCUGCGUAUGGUGCACCAGAUUCCGGGUCUGGACGUACUGCUCGGCUACACGGAUGCCCACGGUGAUCUACUACCCCUCACCAACGAUGACAGCCUGCACCGGGCCCUGGCCAGUGGGCCGCCGCCGCUGCGCCUACUGGUGCAGAAGCGGGCAGAAGCCGACUCCAGUGGCUUAGCUUUUGCCUCCAACUCCCUGCAGCGGCGCAAGAAAGGGCUGCUACUGCGGCCGGCGACAUCCCUGCGCGCCCGGCCCCCCUUGCUCAUCAGCCUCCCCCAGGACUUCCGCCAGAUUUCCUCAGUCAUCGACGUGGAUCUCCUGCCCGAGACCCACCGGCGGGUGCGGCUGCACAAGCACGGCUCCGACCGGCCCCUUGGCUUCUACAUCAGAGAUGGUGUGAGCGUCCGGGUGGCCCCGCAGGGCCUGGAGCGGGUCCCCGGUAUCUUCAUCUCGCGCUUGGUCCGCGGGGGCCUGGCCGAGAGUACGGGGCUGCUGGCUGUCAGUGAUGAGAUCCUUGAGGUCAAUGGCAUCGAGGUGGCUGGGAAGACCUUGGACCAAGUGACGGACAUGAUGGUCGCCAACAGCCACAACCUCGUGGUCACUGUCAAACCCGCCAACCAGCGCAACAACGUGGUGCGGGGAGUGUCAAAGCGCCCAGUGGGGCCCUCCUCCUCCGUGGGGCCUGGGCCUGCUGAGCCAGACAGUGAUGAUGACAGCAAUGACCUGGUCAUUGAGAACCGCCAGCCUCCCUGUUCCAAUGGGCUGACUCGGGGGCCUGCGGGCUGGGACCUGCAUGCCAGCUGCCUACUUCCUGGUGCCCACAGCUCUUUGCCCUCCCUAGAUGGCCAGCAGCAGGCUGGCUUGGGCUGGGGAAGUCGCAUGCGCGGAGAUGGGAGCGGCUUCAGCCUGUGACAGGCCAAUGGUGCCAUCUCUUGGCUGGCACAGCUUUUGGGACUGGGCAGGGACUUCCCAUCCACCAGGGUGUUUGGUUUGCUCACAGUGAUCCCUUGGCCUAGGGGACAUUAAAAAUUUUCUACAGA